AUGCGAUUCGAUCUACCGAGAUCACUGGGCCUGGGUUCAGUCUGCGCAUCAUUUUUUGGGGUUUUCAGUGGUAGUAACCAGGGUCAAGUCACCCAUCACCCGGUCUUGCCACCAUCUUAUCCACUGGCGGUUCGCAGUCCUUAUUUGUCGACAUGGAUGCCGAGCGAUCGCGUGCACCGACUUCCUUAUGCAGACUCUCAAUUCUGGGCGGGCCAGGACCUUGGGUGGUCUGUCAUUGCACGCGUGAAUGGUCAUGCCUAUAGUUUGAUGGGUGUUCCUGACUUGGAAGCCAGUGGCAUUCGCCCAGCAACCGUACGCCAUGCCGAAUUCACGGCAACCCAUUCACUUUUCGAGCUUACGGCAGGACCUGUAUCGUUGACGUUGGACUUCUUUUCUCCUGUUUCACCCUCAAACUAUCUGCGCCAGUCGCUCCCUUUCAGUUACUUGACAGUCCACGUCACAAGAUCGUAUGGUCAUGACAUUCAGAUUUACUCUGAUAUUGAUGGAAGAUGGACUGGUCGAGAACGUCGUUCGGGGCCUACUUUUGAAGAGCACGGUGAUCUUGCUUUUCACUCAGUGUCGGUAGAAGAUGCCAGGACCUAUGACGAGGAAAAUGAUAUGGCUCUAUGGGGUCAGGUUCUUCUGGCAUCUCGCCCAGGGAAUGUGAGCUCGCUCUCUGCGCUCGCAGGAGGGCCCAAGGCUGUCCGAGGACACUUUAUGAAGCACGGCGACUUAUCAACCGGCGACACAACCUGGUCUCAUGGAAGUGUCGUAGCUCUGGCACACGAUCUAGGGACCGUCGCGGGCGAAGCUUCAGUGAACUUCGCCGUGGGCUACGAGAGGGAAAAGGCCAUCAAUUACCUGGGAGAAGCAUACACUGGGUACUACCGGGCAGAAUAUCCAACUACACACGAGGCGCUUUCCUUCUUUCUAGACGAUUAUGAAGAUGCUUAUUGGGAGUCUGUGGAGUUCGAUCGGGAAUUGAACACUUUUGCGACCGCCGCGGCUGGUCCAAAGUACGCGGACAUCGUUGCUCUUUCGACUCGGCAGGCAUACGGAGGAAUCGACUUGACUAUCCCCAAUGACUCUCUUGACACUGAUGAUGUGCUCGCAUUUAUCAAAGAGCUUUCCAGCGAUGGAAACAUCAACACCAUUGACAUCAUUAUGCCUGCGUUCCCCAUCUACUGGGUCAUGGAUCCGGAUUGGAUCCGCUUGUUGCUUGAGCCAAUCAUGAGAUAUCUUGAUGCUGGUCGCUGGCACCUUCCAUACACUAUUCACGAUCUGGGCACUCAUUAUCCCCAUGCCAUUGGCCAUGAUGAUCAGCAAGCGGAGGCGAUGCCAAUAGAGGAAUCUGGGAAUUUGCUCAUCCUAGCCCUUGCCUACACGCAGGCCACCGGUGAUACGGAUUGGACUGAUCAAUACACGGCCAUUUUCCAGCAAUACGCCGAUUAUUUGAUCGACAACAGCAUCAACAUGGCCAACCAACUUUCUUCUAACGAUGCAGCUGGACCUCUGCCCAACGAGACUAACCUGGCCAUCAAGGCAACUGUGGGGAUCAAGGCGUUCGGUGAAUUGAGUAGAAACACAUACUACUCUCAAAUCGGCGAUGAAUAUGCCGAUCUGUUCUUCAAUCAGGGUCUAGGCACAGAUUUGGAGCAGACCCACUUUGUGCUUGAAUACCCCGAUUUCCCAGACUCGUGGAAGACGCCAUAUAACAUUUACCCGGACGUGCUGCUUGGAUUGGACACCUUCCCCCGUGAGGCGCAUGAAAUGAGCAACAAGUUCUUCUCUACCUCGGUUCGGGGAGAAUAUGGUGUACCGCUCGAUAACCGGCAGGACUGGGCGAAGUCGGAUUGGAAUAUGUGGUUGGCGGGUACGUUUGACGAGGACACGCGAGAUGAGUUUGUGGAUGACUUGUGGGCUUUUAUGACGAACGGUAAGCACAACUGGCCUUUCUCUGAUCGCUACGUAGCGACAUCUGCGCAUGGCAAUGAGCCUGGUGCUCCCAUUUUGUGUCGGGCACGACCGACUGUCGGUGGCCACUUUGCUAUCUUGGCUUUGAAGGGACCGGCCUCGAUCCAGUCUCUCUCAAUCACUCAUAAGCCAGGUCGGAAAACGAGUAGGGUGCCACUGGUUAAGGGCCAGGGCGCUGACUCGGAGCUUGUACUGCAGGCUGAGAUAGCUUGA